AUCUUGAUUCAAUUAUCAGUGUACUCAGAGUGAAGACAUUGCUGGUGAGGCUGAACCGCCACAUACCUACUCCAACCCGGGGAUCCUGCGUGUGGGGGACAACACGAUUGACACGCCUGACUCGUGCACAUUCCAAUCGAAGGCAGAACGAGAUCCCUGGAGGUGGGGGAUCUCCCUAUUCAGACAUCUCGGCAUAUUCUUCUAGCCGGUCAAUGAUGUGGGGAUCACUUAAGAGCAUCGUUCCCUGCUUCGGAGUAUACCUGGCUCUGUAGACUGUUUUCAAGCGCAAUAUGGAAACCAGCAUAGACACAACAACUCUCUGGCAGAACCGGAAAUGCCUCUUCCUGUGCUCCCUCGUCUCGAUGGCGAAUCUACAGUACGGAUUCGAUCUCGCCGCCGUCGGCUCUCUCCAAGCCAUGCCCGGCUUCCUCAAAGUAUUCGGCUACGCAGACCCUUCAGCCGAGGGGGGAUACGCAAUUGACAGCACCGUCCAACAACUAAUAACCUCCCUCUUAACCCUCGGCUCGUUCGUCUCCUCCCUCGUCGCGGGCCUCUUCGCAACAUAUCUCGGCCGCCGACAAGCCCUCUGGCUCGCAUGCCUCGUCAACGCAAUCGCAUGCGCAAUCCAAAUAGCCGCCCCCUCAGCCGGCGUCCUCUACCUAGGCCGUCUCCUGCUCGGCUUCGCAAACGGGUUCCUCGUGACCUUCUCCAACAUCUAUACCUCUGAGGCUUCGCCGGCGCAUAUGCGCGGCGUGAUGGUCGCGCUGUUCGCGUACUGGGUGAAUAUCGGGAGUAUUAUGGGUGCGGCGGUGGAUAAUAAGACUAAGGAGAGGAUGGAUGAGCUGUCCUAUAGGAUUCCGUUGGCUUGUCUUUAUGCCGUGCCGACGGUGUUGGCUGUAGCGUUGUUCUUUGUGCCGGAGAGUCCGAGGUGGUUGUUACAUAGAGGGAAGGAAAGAGAUGCCAGGAAGGCAUUGGAGGUGCUUAGAGGGAGGAGUUAUGCGCAGUUACGGUCGAGUCGUGAGGGUGAAGUCGGUCCGUCGUUGCUGGAGAUCGAGUGGGCGGAGAUGGUCAAGGGGGUUGAAGAGGAGAAGCGCACUGAAGGUGAUGUUGCUGCGUUGGAUAUGUUCCGGGUUCUAAUAUGUGCAGGAGUCGACCUCCGCCGAACACUGCUCUGCUACGGCAUGAUCGGCUGCCAAACAGCAUCAGGCGUGUGGUUCCUCAUCGGCUACCAGACCUACUUCUUCACGGUCACGGGCAUAACAAAGGCGUUCGAAUUCUCCAUCAUGAACACCUGCUUCGGCUUCCUGGGCGUGAACAUCGGCAUGUACGCCAUCCGCGAGCUGGUCGGCCGGCGCUCAAUCCUCAUCAUCGGAGCUGUAGCCUGUGGACUCUGCCAGCUGGGAAGUGCCAUCGCAGCAAGCAUCGACCCUGAUUCCCUAGCAACCGGACAGACGCUUGUUGGACUGACGGCGCUUUUUAUGUUCUUCUACAACGGCUGCGUCGGCGCUGCAAGUUACCCCGUUGCGACGGAGCUCGUGAGCUCGCGACUUAGGGCUUGGACGGUAGGCACUGCGACCUCGCUGGGAUACCUGCUGGCUUGGCUGGUGAAUUUCUGUACGCCGUACUUUAUCAAUCCCGAGCAUCUGGACUGGGGCGCGCAAUACGGGUACAUCUGGGCCGGCUCGAACGCGGUCUGCGUUGUCUUCUUCUACUUCUUCAUGCCGGAGAUGAAGGGCCGGUCGCUGGAGGAGCUGGAUGAGAUUUUUGCUGCGAGGGUGCCGGCUCGGAAGUUUAAGGGGUAUCAGUGUUUGAUUCGUGAUGCGGCGAGGAUUGAUGCUGUUAAUGCGGAGGGACUGCAGGAGAAGGAGAAGAGUGAAACUGGAGUUAAACAGGAAUUUUAA